CCCAGCCCCGCCCGCUCGCUCGCGGUCCCGCUCCGCAGCGCGGCCCGCGGGAUCGACGACAGCCGCGCAGCACGGCCUCCAAGCCAGCGGUGCCGGACGCAAGGCCGGACAGGCUGGGAACCCCACCCGGCCUGCCUCCUGGGGACGCCGCCCCCGAGGGCUUCUCGGAGGCGGUGGCCUUGGCCUCAGGCCUGCCAGAGGGCGGGAGGGGAGGCCGGCAGCACCGGCCGCCUGAGGAGCCCAGGGUGCCCGACUGGUGAUGGCGGGGAUCCUCCUGUGGGCGAGGCCCAAGGUACAGAUAUCUUUCGAGGAUGUGUCUGUGUACUUCACGAAGGCAGAAUGGAAGUUUCUGGACUUCAAACAAAAAGCUCUCUACAAACAGGUGAUGCUGGAGAACUACAGUAACUUGGCAUCACUGGGACUCGCCUCUGCCAAGCCGCACUUGGUGUCCCAGCUUGAGCGAGGGGAAGGGCCCUGGGUGGCCGAUGUGCACUCGAAGGCGGAUGCCAAGAUCGAGAGACCAGGGGCGGCCAGGAGGGCCAGGCAGCAGGGAGACACCACGGCGGCAGGAGCUUUGGCGCACAGAGGUCCUCAGGGACGCGGUCUCGCUCCAAGGCCACAGCAUCCCAAGGGUGCUGAGAAGCGGUACCUGUGCCACCAGUGCGGGAAGUCAUUCAGCCGCAGCUCCAACCUCAUCAAGCACCGCAUCAUCCACAGCGGCGAGAAGCCCUAUGCUUGCCGGGAGUGCGGAAAGCUGUUCCGCCGCAACUUCGCGCUGCUGGAGCACCAGCGCAUCCACAGCGGCGAGAAGCCUUUCGCGUGCGAGGAGUGCGGCAAGACCUUCACACGCAGCUCCAAUCUCAUCAAGCACCAGAUCAUCCACAGCGGCGAAAAGCCCUUCUCCUGCGCCGAGUGCGGGAAGCUGUUCCGGCGCAGCUUCGCCCUGGUCGAGCACGUGCGCAUCCACAGCGGCGAGCGGCCCUACGUGUGCAUCCACUGCGGCAAGGCCUUCAGCCGCAGCUCCAAUCUCAUCGAGCACGAGCGCACGCACAGCGGCUUCAAGCCCUACGCGUGCGACCAGUGCCCCAAGGCCUUCACGGGCAUCUCGCAGCUCAUCCACCACCAGCUUAGCCACAGCGGCGAGAAGCCCUUCACGUGCCGGGAGUGCGGCAAGGCAUUCCGCGGCCGCUCCGGCCUCAGCCAGCACCUGCGGGUGCACAGCGGCGAGAAGCCCUACGAGUGCAGUGAGUGCGGCAAGGCCUUCGGCCGCCGGGCCAACCUCUUCAAGCACCAGGCGGUGCACGGCGAUGUGCAGCCCUCCCGGCGCCGCGGCCGCAACAGGGGGCCCAGGCGAGGCUGCGUGCUCCUGCUCAAGCGCCGGCGGGGGCCCGGGCGGCGGUCCCAGGAGGGCGGCGAGGGCGGCGAGGGCAGCGAGGGCAGCUCGGGAAGCCACGGGGGCCAGGCGCCCCACGCGUGUGAGCACUGCGACCAGGCCUCCGAGAGCAAGGCGCAGCUGGACAGUGGGAAAUCGUCGCUCAGCCACUGUCCCCAAGCUCAGCCCGUCGGAGGGGGCGACAGCGGAGGCCCCCAUGCCAGCGUCCCGAGGCCAGUGAAGCCGCAGGAUCCAGCCUCGCCCUGAGGCCGAGAAACAGGGCAGCGACUCCGGUGGGGAGCACACGCCCUUUCCGGGUCCCCCUAUGGGCAGUGCUGGCUGCAGACCGAGCAGCCUUCCCGCUCCUUCUAAACCCUUGGAGACAUGACUGGCGGAGAGCUGCUGCUCCUCCUCCGCCAGCCCCGUCGUCCCUUGGCCAGCACAGGGCACUCGCAUGUGCGUCUGGCGGGUGCGGGCAGAGCUGUGGGAAGGGUUGCUGGCCACGCCCUCUCUCACGGGGUGGGCGCCUUUGCCUCCCUGAAGAGUUUAGUGUUUCCGGGUAGAAGAUAUACUAAAAGCACUUUAAUCCUUUCAGAGCUGACAGGUGGAAGGAAGGGGCUCUGGAAUCACCCCGCUGCUCCUGGGAAGGCACUGGGCACCCUGCUGUCCUGCGCAAGAAGCAGCCGGUGGUGCAGGGAGGGGAACGGCUGAAAACUCUCGCCCUUCCGGGGCGCCCCCUGCUGAUUGUUUGAGGCGCUGUGCCCGAUCUCGUGGGAGCCGAGGAGAGACGCCCUUUUUCUCUGGUCUCACAGGAGUGGGCUCUGGGCCAGACGUGGCAACAUGGGCACCCCCGCCACCCUGCCAGCUUCAGUCUCCUUCCUACACCUGGCGCCCUCUGCCCCCUCCCGCCCCUUAGUGCCUGAAGCUUUAAAAUUACCUGCUCCUCCCCUUCGGGAAGUGCCCCCUUGUGGCAAUGACAGGUAGGAGGCAAGCAAGCCAGGUUAGAAUUUGUGCUUGUGUGGCCCUGAAUUGAAUGUGAGCUACUGGGCAGCUGCUUUCCGUGUGAUAUUUCUUAGAAUACUGAAAGUGCCAUUGCUUUGAAUGUCUUUGUAUUCAGGAGUAACGUAGUGGAGAUGUUUUCCAUAUGUCAGGGAAUGACUCCUUAAAUAAGAAUCCCCCCAUCUGCUGAAGGGACCUCAGGUGGCAAAAAGGGGCCAUCCCAGGCCCACGUUUGAGAAGCUGUCCCCUCCUGUCCCUGCUACAAUGCAAUGCCCCCUUCCCCUCAGCCCUUCAAAUGGCACUUUACAAAAACCCCAGGAUGUUCUCCUGGGAAAAGCUCACAGCUAGCUGGUGCCACUGUUCGCAGAGGACCAGGAGAUCUGUCCCCUAGUCCUUUCAGCCCAGCGUCCCGGCCUACUGGCCACCUCCCUUCAGCCCUCUCCACUACCAAGGGAGAGCAGGGCUUUGUCACCCAUGCCACCCCGAGGGCAGGCAGGUGAUAGAUGUCAUUGAGACGCCCCCUGGGGACACAUGCUCCACCAGGAGAGUGUGGAGAGACUGGGAAUCCAGGCUUCCUUCUAAGGAUGAUGCUUGGAGCUCCAGGCAUUUCAUACACAGCUACCCACGCGCACGCGCGUGCAUGCACACACACACAGAUACACUUAAACACACAUAUACAUGUUAUAUAUAAAAGUUAGCCAAUGGAACAUUCCAGUGUUUUUGUAACUUGCUCUUGACUCAGCCGCUUCUAGUGGAUCCCUGUCCCCGUGCCCUGUGGUCGACUUCAUGCCCAUCAGCCUGCCCUGUAGCCUGCAGCUGUGUGUAAUGUGUGGCUCUGUGUGCUAUGCCAAGCCCAGUGUUGCCACUGGCAAGUACAUGUGAAAGGGUUGUCGCCCACUGGACUCUGGCUCUGUUGGAGUCAAUUCUGGACGUACCUGGAGGCAAUGCGAAGUAUCUGCAAGUUGGGGUUUUCUCCUCAAAAAGAAAGCAUUAAGAAUGCUAUCUUUGGAGUCCCUGGUGAGGUCAUUGGGAAGCUUGGGGUUUCUGAGGCUCCGACCAUCUCUGCUAGGGCUGCCACGAAUGCAGGAAGCCCGUCCUCAUGUGGGGCAGAUGCAUGAACCAGGAGGCUGUUAUGGCCUCCUCCCCAGCCACUCUUGGGUCCCUUUCAUCACUGGGAAGUGAAUGACUCCAUUCCUCUAAGCCAGGCAGUCAGCAGCUCUCCCGAGUGUGUGCCGUUCCCUUGGUGCCAGUGUAGACACUAACUCUUGCUUUAACCCUCGAACCUUUAUUCCCCAUCCUGUACCCCCAGGGGCCUUGUGUGCAGGCACAUUCAGCACGAAGUGGUCAGCAGGGGAGAUGUGGGCCCCCGCACCCAUAUGUCACUGAAGUGCCCUGAAAAGCUUCAGCAUUGCCAGCAUUUGUCUGGGUAAAUGACACUGAAAGGAGCAACAGCAGAUCUUUUUGUUUGUCAGUUCUCAGUGUAAUUUAGCACCUGUCAAUUCAGUGUUUGCUAAAAAGUGAUCAGGAGCUGCAUUUUCUUUCAGGUAUGCAGCAUGGACAGCGGGUUUUGCAUGGACCCAGGCGGAGUGCCUGGGAAGGACACUUGUCUCUUGCUUCUGUGCUGCCCAGAAGUGGGGCUCUGUGCCUCCUGCUGCGUGGACCUUUUGAGGGACAACUAGCUCACAAAGCUUAAGCUACCAGUGGGGUCUGUGGAAAACUGCGUGGGCUGGGCCAUGUGGGGAAAGAAGGGAGGAUGUGUGGUGUGCUGGGGGAAGCAGUUCCAGGUUAAAAAGUCAAUAAGAAGCAGAGUGGAGAGCCUGGAAUCUCGCACACAAAAUCUGGAUUCUAGUUGGUUCCAGAUGAGGAGCAGUUUUUCAGAAUGUGAAAAAAUUGGCCUAUGAGUGAGGAAAGGAAGUUAUUGUAAAUGAUUGCAUUUGAAUUUGACAAUCGCCAGCAUCACAGUGUAGUCAUCUAAUACCGAUCUGAUGUCUCGGAGUGUCAGCAUCCGGCCCAUAAGGCCGCCGCAUGAGAAGGAGCUUGGGAGUCCCACCUGCUUUCAUCGUGAGCUCCACUCACCGUGCUGUUGGAGCUGGUUUCAUCUUUUGCCAGCCCCAGCGCACCUUCGACUUCACAAAGCGAGGCCUCCAGGGUUCCCGGACAGCUGCUCUGCAGAGGUUUCUACCCUCACUCUGGAACACCUUCAAGUUCAAGCAAGGCCUUGGGCCUUCCCAGUGGCCCCAGGGCCUCCUUGGUGUUCAGGAAAGUUCCCCUUGGUCCUCUCCCACCUGGCAACUUUCAGGCCGGAAAUGAAGGCCUGCUGCGGGUCUGGAGCUCCUGAUGGUUUUGACCUUUCUUUGAUAGCUUUACGGAGAUGUAAUAGAAAUAUAACAGCCGGCAUGCAUGUAAGCUGUGUAAUUGGCAAGUUCUGACAGGAGUGUACACCUGUAAAACCACCCCACUAUCAAGCCAGUGAAUAUAUCCAUCACCUCCCAAAGUGGCCUUGUGUCCCCCAUCCCCACAACCGCUGCUCCACUUUCUGUCACUAUAGGUAAACUUGCAUUUUCUAGAGCUCUGUGUAAAUGAGUCUGCCCACUACCCGUGUGACCGCUUUCCUGCCAUAGCUCUUUUGAGGCUCACCCUGCAGUUCACUCUCUCCCAGCAGUAGUGGCCACAGUACCGCCAAAUACCUGGUGAUGGUAUCUGCAUUGUUUCCAGGUGGGACAGUGACAAAUAAAGCUGCUAUGAA